AUGGCCCUUCAACGUCGAGAUUUGCUUUUAGCCAGUGUUGGUGUAUUUAUUUCCUGGGGUCUGAUAGUGCGCUGGCUACCGAUCCUCCGAUAUCUGGGAUAUGCACUAGCUCUUGGGGUUGCACUGUCUUCUUUCGGCUUUCUGAGCCUGGUGCUCUUGACGACGCGAAACCCAACCGAUAACCCUCGCGCUCCCAAAAAUGCCUCGGUCGCAUUCAUCAAAUCCGAUAACUGGCGGAAAGAGCUUUUCAAUGUGCGCAAGGCCACUCGGUACCGACCGCGGCCCCUCUACCCAGAGUCCUUUGUCGUGUCAGAGGGAAUUGACGAACUGCUCUCUCUUGUGACUCGGGAUUUUGUCUCAUCCUGGUACCAGAAUAUUAGCCCAAGCCCUAUUUUUGCAAAUGAAGUCGAUAAAGUCAUCCGUGUUGCCCUGGAGAAUUUCCGAGAUAGACUACUGGCAGAGGACUUUAUUUCUUUGAUCGUGUCCCGCAUAUUUCCAAUCUUAACAUCUCACCUCAAGGAAUUCGAUAUUGCCGAGCGUUCUGUCCGUGGACGUAACCUGAGUCGAAAUGUGACCGAAUCCGAGGAGCUGGACCUGGCCAUUGCCAACAAAUUUCGCGAGGGUCGCCUUCAUCCGGCGGUCGGUCUCUCCUCGGUGGACCAGAAAACCCUCCAGCAGGAAUAUUUAAGAAAGAUUACCGUGGCAUUGCUUCCUCAAUUGUUCCCAGAGAGCGUACUAAAGAGCAAGGCCGUUUCUGUUCUGAUCCGUGAGAUUAUCUCAUGUGCGGUUCUUCUUCCAGCCGUGACAGCGUUGUCGGAUCCCGACACGUGGAAUCAGCUAAUGGAAGCUUAUGGACGCUCGGCUUUGCAGGAUCGGAAGACCGUGCGCAAAUUACGGGCUGCACUCGAUGAGCACGCAUCUCCUGCCCCCAAGUCCAAACGGGGGCAACCGUUCCCAAAACUCUCUGCAAAUGAUUCCGAAAGAGCAUUUGAGCGCUUUGUCCGAGCCAUAAGACGCUGCAAUAAUCUAUCUGAUGCCCGCCGGUUUCGUGCGUUGGUUUCUAGCCAAUUGAAGAGAGAAAGUAUGGUGGAAGGACAGGAUCAGGUCUACCUCAGGCGCCUAGAAACGGGUAAAAGAGUUCUAGAUCAAAAGGUCGCCAAGCUUUCCACCCCAGGAGAGUCUUCUCAGAUGCCUCCUGUGACAGCUAGACAUACUCGCCAUGGAAGCUCUUCUACGACCCACGAGUCCUCCCUGGUAGAUGUGCUGCGUAAUGCAGCGGGUUUAUCCUAUUUCAUGGAGUUCAUGGACCGUCAACGAUUAAUGCCUCUAGUGCAAUUCUGGAUAGUGGUCGAUGGAUUUCGAAAUCCUCUGGAAGAUGACUUUGGAGACGAGACUGCCUCGGCAUCGGUGACAUGGACGACAGCAGAUAGGAAUGACUUGGCGCUUUUGAGCGAAACAUACCUUACCAAACCAGAACUCAAGGUUUCCGAUGAGUCGCGUCGGGCAGUGAAGACGUUCUUGAGUGCAGGAAAGCGAGCAACCCCCGAGCAGUACCGCAAGGCUAGGACUGUGGUUUUGACCACCCAGUCCGAUGUGCUGGAACACAUGAAGAAUGUUUACUAUCCAAAGUUUAAGGAAUCGGAUCUUUACUGGAAAUACCUUGCGUCAGAUGAGGCCUCUGGCUCUCAUGCGCCGAUUCCCCCUCCAUCUCCGCCAGUGGUCACCCCUGAUCCCCGAGAGAGGCGACCCCUUCCCCCUAUUAUUGCACGGACGGCCUCACAGCCGGCCAACAAGCCGGCCAUGGACCUUCGUAGAGCCGCUGUUUCAUCAAGUGAUGUACGGGGCAUGGGCAAGCUGUUUGACGAUGACGAUUCACCACGACGAUCUAUAGAUUCUGAGCGAUCUGUGCCUCUUUUUGACGACGACUAUGAUACCGAUCAGCUUGCCAUGUCUACCAACAGUCUGGGGAAGGACUCCCAGAAUGGUGAUAACGAUGCAAGUCAAAACCACGUCCUUGAAACCAUGGAAGCUGCUCUCAAUGACAUUAUCAUCAACGAGCCCAAGAAUACACGAGUAGAGGAGCUCAGGGGCAGUGAUCUCUCUUCCUCCUCUCUCUUUGGAGGGCAAUCGGAGAGCUCCACUCGUGGCUUGUCUGAAAUCCCGCGAGUCGACGGCCGCAUCAAUGAGAAGGCGAAGAAAAGCAUUGCAUCACUAGGUCUGGUCGACCAUGCCUCACGACGAGGUGUCUUUGAUGACGAUCUUUUCCCGGACCAGCAGAAAUUCAUCGAGGAUGAAUAUGAAGAACCGAUGGGCGGCGAAGACAAGGAUCCAGCAGACGAAGUCCACGAAGCUGCCCCUGGCGAUUUGGGACUUACUGAAGCGAUUGAGGUGCUGACUACCGAAAUCGACAAGCUGACUGCGCAAGAUUCCGUGGUUGAUGCGUUGACCCGGAAAGCCGAACUGACGAAUAACACGGCUGAGUUGAGAAUUUUGCGCAAGUCCAAAGCCAGCAUCGAACGGGAGGUUCACCGCAAAGAGAUGCAGCGGCAGCAGUACAUUAUCCAAGAAAGCGACAACAGCCUCUAUGGCCGGUCUACAGUCCGUAUCAAAUCUAUCAUGGUCGGCAAGGAGGACGAUGGCCGGGAAUUCGCAAUGUAUGUCAUUGAAGUUCAACGAAAUGGUGGUGAACAGAUGCCUGCCGCAUCUUGGGCGGUUCCUCGCCGCUAUAGUGAGUUCCAUGAGCUUCAUCAGAAGCUACGCAUGAACUAUCCAUCGGUACGACAUCUGGAAUUUCCUCGGCGUCGCGUGGUCAUGAAGCUCCAGAAGGAAUUUCUUCAAAAGAGACGCCAGGCUCUAGAGGGAUACCUUGAAAAAUUGCUUCAUCUUCCCGAGGUCUGCCGCAGUCGAGACUUGCGAGCUUUCCUCUCUCAAAGGGCAAUCUUGCCUAGGGUAGAUUCACGCAGUAGCGAGGGUGAUACGAAGGACCUUGUCACGCGCAUUUAUAAUUCCGUCGCUGAUGGCAUGGAUGACUUUCUCGGGAACUUUGGUGUCCUCGAUCAAUUAUCUACAGCCGGUCAGAAUCUCAUCUCGGCCGCGACGAACCAGGUGAACAUGAACACCAGUACCACCCAUGACCCCGCGCUGGCCACUGAAGAUGCCGUCACCACCGCGGAGGCCGAAGCAGAGCUCAGUGCAUUUGAAGACCGUGAACUGGAGCCCUUCAUUAAACCUGUAUGCGACCUCUUCCUGGAAGCCUUUGAGCUGAACCGCGGAAACAACUGGCUGCGCGGUCGCGCAGUUGUUGUCGUCCUGCACCAGCUUCUUGGUGGUACUAUUGAGCGAAAGGUCCGGGACAGUGCCCGUUCCUUGUUCCAGGGCGACUCGAUGUUGCGAUACCUUGCUAUCGCUCGCGACUCCCUCUGGCCUGGUGGUGUCUUGCGCAAGGCUCUACCACGAUCAAUGGCAGACCGACACAAAAGCCGUACCGAGGCUACCGUCGUCCUCGCUACACUUAUCCCGGAUCUAGCUGCUAAUGUUGUCGGUCGCGCCAACGCCCAAGCCGCCGCCCGCCGGCUCUUUGCUACCUUGAAUAAUAAACCGCUCAACACUCACCUGGUCUUUACUCUCAUUGAUGAGAUUGUCCUGGUACUCUUUGGCAGUCGGGAGCCCGGUCGCUCCCGUUAA